GUCGCGCCCGCCCGCUGCCGUUUUUUGAGCUCAGUGGGUGUCGAGCGGUGGCGCGGAGCGGCUGUGCGGGGGCGGGAUGCUUCGUGGUGGGAAGAGGCAGCCCGCCGUAGACCAGCCGACGUUUGGCAUCUCUAUGGAGUUUUGCAACUGCUGUGAACAGUGAAACACCAGCAAGCAGCACUCUCCAAGGUUUGGCACUGCUCCAGUGGACAAUGGGGAACCAGCUGGCCCCCGGGCCUCCUUUCCUGCCCCACUUGCAGGCUGUGCAUGUGGUGGUUGUCGGACUGGAUUCAGCUGGCAAAACAUCUCUCCUAUACCAUCUGAAGUUCCAGGAGUUCGUCAAAAGCGCGCCAACCAAAGGCUUCAACAUGGAGAAGAUCCGUGUGCCACUGGGUGGUUCUCGGGCCAUCACUUUCCAAGUGUGGGAUGUGGGUGGCCAAGAGAAAUUGCGCCCUCUCUGGAAGUCCUACAUGCGCCGUACAGAUGGAGUUGUGUUUGUGGUCGAUUCCGCAGAGGUCGACCGUCUGGAGGAGGCUCGUGUAGAGCUGCACAGGAUUGUCCGCUCCUCAGACAACCAAGGGGUUCCCGUGUUGGUGCUAGCCAAUAAACAGGAUGUCACUCAGGCACUCUCAGUAGCUGAGGUGGAGAAACUGCUUGGCUUGCAUGAAUUCUGUGCCUCCACCUUGAGCCACAUCCAGGGUUGUAGCGCUGUCACUGGGCUAGGCCUCCAACAAGGCCUGGAGAAACUCUAUGAAAUGAUUCUCAAACGCAAAAAGCUCCUUCGCGGCAGCAAGAAGAAGCAUUGAGAAAAGGCAGCAACUGGGAUGUUUUGCACCUCGAAAGUAGUUAAUGACUACUCCAAGGCAAUGAUUCAGAGCAAUACACAGAUGCAACAUUGCAUAGAUUUCUGUUUCCUAUUUAAUGGACUUGUGGAUUGUUGAAAAUGAACACGCCGUGGACUUGUAAGACUACAUGCAGGCAGCCUCCUCUUACACUAAGGAGGAUGUCAACAUGGCAAAGACUGGGGAUCCUCAAAAUAACUGGAAGUUGAGCUACAGACUCUUGGUAUCAUCAGCUCACUCCUGCCUCAAUUUGUUUACAUAUACUGUAUAAACAAUUUUGUAUAUAUAUUUUUAAAGUCUCCAGAAGGUGGGCCUUUUGGGGUGGCUCUUGGUAUGUGUGUGUUUUUUUAAAAAACAAAAAGAAACAAACCUUAACUUAUUAAAUAUACUGUCUGCAAAGCUGG